ACAGAAAAAAAUAUCACGACUUCUGAGGAUAAUGUCCUCGUCGAACACAGUGACGAACUGUUAGGUACUCUUGCAACUGAUGAAAAUAUCAUGUCUUCUGAGGAUAAUGUCCUCACUGGAAACAGCAAAGAACUAUUAGGCACUCCUGUAAUUAAUGAAAAAGCUACGUCUUCUGAAGAUAAUUUCUUCAUUAUACACAGCAAAGAACUAUUAGAUACUCCUAGAAUGGACAGAAAUAUCACGUCUUUUCAGGACAUUGUCCUCACUGAGCAUAGUGAAGAAAUGUUAGGUACUUCUGCAACUGACAAAUAUAUCGCUUCUUCUGAGGAUAAUGCCUUCCUCAAACACAACAAAGAACUGUUAGGUACUCCUGCUAUUGACAAAAAUAUCACGUCUUCUGAUGAUAAUGUCUUCACCGAACACAGUGAAGAACUAAUGAGAACUCCUUCCAUUAAUGAAAAAGCUAUGUCUUCUGAGGACAAUGUCCCCGGUGAACAUAGUGAAGAACUGUUACAUGUUCCUACAACUGACGAAGAAAUCACGUAUGCUGAAGAUAAUGCUGUCACCGUACAAAUUAAAGAGCCGAUAGGUACUCCUGCAACUGACAAAAAUAUCAUGUUUACCGAGGAUAAUACCAUCACAGAAUGCAACAAAGAGUUGUUAGUAACAUAUGCAACUGACAAACAUAUCAUGUUUACUGAAGAUAAUGGCCCUAGUGAGCACAGUAACAAAAUUUCUGAUGAUUCUGCAAUUGAUGAAAGUAUCCCGUCUUGUGAAGAUAACGCCUUUAAUGAACACAGUGAAGAAGUGUUAAACAUUCUUUCAACUAACGAAAACAUAAUGUCUUUUAUGGAUAAUGAGUUAACUGAACAUAGCAAAGAAACAUUAGCGUCUAUUACUUCUUCGGCAUACGACAAUGUUACUUCGUUUGAAAGUAAUUUUCCAACAGGAAAUAUUAGCAAACUGUUACCUACUAUGAAAAAGAGUGGAAGUAUAGAAGCUUACAACAACGAUAUCGUUAUCGAACAGGCUCAAAGGUCUUCAACUACUUCGGAACAUUUAGGCAGUUAUGAAGUAGACGUGAAUGUAGCUUCUGAAGUCGACUUAAAAGUAGUUCCUCAAUUAGACGUGAAUGUAGUUCCUGAAGCCAGCGUUUUAGCAGUUCCUGAAUUAAACGUCAAUACAAUUCAUAAGGAAGACGAGAAUGUACCUUCUGAAGUCGGCUUAAAUGUAGUUCGUGAAUUAGAUGUGAAUUUAACUGAUGAAGUUAAAAUGAACGUAGUAAGUGACGAAGACGUGAAUGUAGCUCCUGAAGUCAACAUGAAUGUAGCUCCUGAAGUCAACCUGAAUGUAGUUUCUGAAUUAGAUGUUAAUGAAGUUUCUGAAGAAGACACGAAUUUAGUUCAUGAAAAAGGCGCAAAUGUUACUUUUGAAGACAGCGCGAAUAUAGUACAUGUAGUAGACAUAAAUUUGGUUCCUGAAGAAGACGUGAAUGUGCAUCGUACAAUCAGUGUGAAUGCAGUUCCUGAAUUAGACGUAAACAUACUUCAAGCAAGAGACAUUAAUGUCGCUUCUGAAAUCCACGUGAAUGCAGUUCCCGAAGCUCACGUGAAUGUAGCUCCUGAAGCCAAUGUUAGUGUAGUAGCUGAAGUAGGCAUUAAUAAAUCUCCUGAAGUAGAAAUGAAUUUAGUGCAUGAUGUAGACAUAAAUGUAGUCCCGGAAGUCGACAUGAACGUAGUUCCUGAAUUAGAUGUGAAUGCAGUCCCUGAAGAAGACGUGAACGUAGCCACUGAAGAUGACAUGAAUAUAGUAGAUGAAGUAAACGGGAAUAAAGAUCUUGAAAUAAGCGAGAGUAUGAUUCCCAAAGUUGGCGUGAAUGUAGUUCCUGAAGUUAGCGAUAAAGGAGUUCCUGAGUUAAAUAUGAUUGAAGUUCCUGAACGAGACUUGAAUGUAGUAGAUGAAGUUGACGUGAAUAAAAUUCUUGAGGUUGACGUGAAUGCAGUUCCUGAAGUUAGCGAUAAAGGAGUUCCUGAGUUAAAUAUGAUUGAAGUUCCUGAACGAGAAUUGAAUGUAUUAGAUGAAGUUGACGUGAAUACAAUUCUUGAGGUAGACGUGAAUGUAGUACCUGAAAUUGAAAUUAAUGUAGCUUCUAAAGUCGGGCUUAAUAUAAAACCCGAUAUAGACGUCAAUUCAAUUCAUGAAGAAGACGUGAAUGUAGUUCCUGUUUUAGACGUGAAUGUAGCUACUGACGAUGGCGUAAAUGCAGUUCUUAAAGCCGACGGGUACGUAAUUUCUGAAAUAGACGUAAAUGAAGUUCCUGAAGCCAGCGUGGAGAAAACUUCUGAAGUCGACGUGUAUGUAGUUCCUGAAUUAGACGAGAACGUAGUUCAUGAAGAAGACACGAAUAUAACAUCUGAAGUUGACGUGAAUGUAGUUCCUGAAUUAGACAUGAAUGUAGCUCCUGGUAUUGGCGUGAAUGCAGUUCUUAAAGCCGAUGGGUUCGUAGCUUCUGAAGUAGACGUAGAUGAAGUUACUGAAGCUACCGUGGAUAAAGCUUCUGUAGUCAAUGUGUAUCUAGUUCCUGAUGUUGACGUGACUGUAGCCACUGAAGUCGGCAUUAAUGUGGUAGAUGAAGUUGACGAUAAUGUGAUUUCUGAAGUUGGCGUGAAAAUACUACCUGGAGUGGACGCGAAUGAAGUUCUUGAAGUCAGCGUGAAUGCAGUUCCUGAAUUGGAUAUGAAUGAAGUUCUUGAAGUUUACGUGAAUGCAGUUCCUGAAGCUGAAAUUAAUGUAGCUUCUGAAGUCGGCGUGAAUGUUGUUUCUAAAGACGUGAAUGUAGCUUCUGAAGUCAUAAUGAAUAUAGUACCAGAAGUAGACAUGAAUAUAGUUCAGGAAGAAGAUACGAAUAUAACUUCUGAAGUCAGAAUGAAUACAGUAAAAGAAGUAAACACAUAUGUAGUUCCUGAAGAAGUGAAUGUAGUUUCUGAAUUAGACGAGAACAUAGUUCAUGAAGAAGGCACGAAUAUAACUUCUGAAGUUGACGUGAGAGUAGUUCCUGAAUUAGACGUGAAUAUAGCUUCUGAAGUCAAAAUGAAUAUAGUAACAGAAUUAGACAUGAAUGUAGUUCCUGAAGAAGAAGUGAAUGUAGCUUUUGAAUUAGACGAGAACAUAGUUCAUGAAGAAGACACGAAUAUAACUUCUGAAGUUGAUGUGAGAGUAGUUCCUGAAUUAAACGAGAAUGUAGCCAUUGAAGAUGAAGUAGACAUGAAUAAAGUUCUUAAAGCCGAUGGGUUCGUAUCUUCUGAAGUAGACGUAGAUGAAGUUCCUGAAGCUAGCGUGGAUAAAACUUCUGAAGUCGACGUGUAUGUAGUUCCUGAAGUUGACGUGAAUGUAGCCACUGAAGAUGAAAUAGACGUGAGUAAAGUUCUUAAACUUGACGAAAAUGUAAUUCCUGAAGUUGGUGUAAAUGAAGUCCUUGGAGUCAGUUUGAACGUAGUUCCUAAAGUAGAUUUGAACGUAGGUUCUGAAUACGAAGUGAAUAUAGUACGUGAAGCAGACGUGAAUGUAGCUCCUGAAGGCGGCCUGAAUGAAGUUUAUGACGUAAACGUAUAUGAAAUUCCAGAAAAAGACAUGGUUGUAGCUGCUGAAGUUGGUUUGAAUACUAUUCUUGAAGCAGAUGGGUACGUAGCUUCUGACGUAGACGUGACUGAAGUUCCUGAAGUCGAAGUUAAUGAAGUUUCUAAAGUUGACACGAGUUUAGUUCCUGAAGUUGAUGUAUCUUCUGAAAUCGACGUGAAUGUAGACCCAGAAGUUGACGUUAAUGUAGCAUAUUUAGUUGGCGUAAAUAUAACUCCUGAAGUCGACGUAGAUGCACAUUCUGGAAUUAACAUGAAUAUAUUUCCCAAGGUUGACUUGAAUGUAGCUUCUGAAGUUGAGAUGAAUGUAGUUUCACAUGAGAAUAAGGUUCUUAUACUACAUACUGGAGAAUCAUUUACACCUUUUACAAUAGAAGAAAAUGCAAAUUCUUCAAAAUAUUGUGCACCAAAAAAACAUGAAGAACCUUUAGAUUCCCUUUGUGCGGAUAUAAAUACAAAUUCUUCUGAUGAUACUGCAUCUAUGAGACACGUUGAAGGAAUCUUAGCAACUUAUUCAUCAGAUGACAUCGCUACAUGUUAUAAUGAUGAUGAAUAUGGUGUCAUUUCAAAAGAUGGUGUGAGUUCUUUAAAUCCUUCUACAGUAAAGGAUAACGACAUUUCUUAUGAGAACACUGCUGUUGCUGAAAAUGAGGAAUCGGAACCUACUUCUUUAUUUAAAAAGAGUUUUACUGCUGAUGAAAAUGACGUAUUAACAAAACAAAAUGAGGAACAUGAUAUCAGUUGUCUGACAGAAAACGCUACAAUUCCAUUAACUGUUUGUGAAGUUUAUGCUAACUACUUUCAAAACUUCGCGUCUGAAGAACCUUCUACAAAUGAUGAAAAUGCUAAUGGUUAUGAGGAUAUAAAACUGUUUGACAAACCAUUAGGUUCAUCUCAAACAGACGACAGAGUCGCCUGUUAUGUUGAUGUUGGGCCUAUGAAUACCAAUGUCGUAGAUGCGAGGGUCAUUCCCGACAAGAAUGGUGUACUUAGAGAGCAUAAUGGACAAAUAUUGGCUACUUCUGGAUGUGAGAAUAAUCAUAUAAUCAAAGAAGGGAGGUCUGAAGCUGUUUCUGAAAUCAGCGAAACUAAAAAUUCAUGUGAAGAAUAUGACCUAACCAAACAAAGCGAAAGAGCAUUAGGUAUUUUUACAACGGAUGAUAUUGAAACAUCCAAUGAACAUAUUGCUUUCGAAGAAAACACCAAAGAAAAUAAAAAGAAACUUGAAGAACCUUUAACUCUUUUCAAAAUGCAAGAAAACGAAUUAAGUCAAAAUAAUAAUUCUGACGAGUCUAAUGUGAUUACAGAAGAGUCUUCACAACCAGGUGAUAUUCCUGAAAUUGUUGAAAGUUUUAUUUCGACAGAAAACAAAGUUUUGGUUAAAAAUAUCAAAGAACCGUUAAAAUCUUUUAUACUUGAUGGUAAUGUAUUUUCUUAUGAAGAUACUUUACUCCCUGAACAGACUGAGAAACAGUUACCAAUCCCUUUAGAAGAAGAUAUCAGUAAUUGUAAGAACCAGGAUUUUAUAGAAGGGUUGCCUUUCUCUUCUGUAGAAGAAGAUUUUACUUGUUGCAAGAACCAAGAUUCUACAGAACAUAUUGAAGAGGAGUUGUCCUUCUCUUCUGUAAGAGAGCCUGACGAGGAUUCCACUUUUUAUAAGAUUCAGGAUCCUACAAAGCAUAUUGAAGAGGAAUUGUCCUUCUCUUCUGUUAGAGAGCCUGAAGAGGAUUCCACUUUUUAUAAAAUUCAGGAUCCUACAAAGCAUAUUGAAGAGGAUUUCAUUUUUUAUAAGAGUCAGGAUCCUACAAAGCAUAUUGAAGAGGAAUUGUCCUUCUCUUCUGUUAGAGAGCCUGAAGAGGAUUCCACUUUUUAUAAAAUUCAGGAUCCUACAGAACAUAUUGAAGAGGAGUUGCCCUUCUCUUCUGUAAGAGAGCCUGAAGAGGAUUGCACUUUUUAUAAGAGUAAGGAUCCUAUAGAGCAUAUUGAAGAGGAGUUGCCCUUCUCUUCUGUUAGAGAGCCUGAAGAGGAUUCCACUUUUUAUAAGAGUCAGGAUUCUACAGAGCAUAUUGAAGAGGAGCUACCUGUCUCUUCUGUAGAAGAAAAUUUCAAUUAUUAUAAGAACCAUGAUUCAACAGAACGCAUCAAUGAGGAAGUACGCGUAUCUUCUGUAGAAGAGGAUUUGAAUAUUUAUAAUCACCAGGAUUCUACAGAAUAUAUUGAUGAGAAACUAUAUACCUCUUCUGCAGACGAAGGUUUUAGUAAUCGUAAGAACCAAUAUCUUACAGAGUAUAUUUAUGAUGAAGAAGAUUUUAGUUUUUGCAAGAGUCGGGGUUUUACAGAACAGGUUGAUGUGGAGCCAACUGUCAAGUCUGUUGAAGAAGAAUCCCAUAUCGAUUUAUCAUCGCCCAACUUUUCAACAGAUGAUAAUAAAAUAUGUUUUGGUGAUAAUGCUGUCACCGAUGCAAUUGAAGAACAUUCAUGUUCUUCCAUAUUUAAUCAAAAUAUUAAAUCUUUUGACGAUAAGUUCAAUGAAAAACAGUUUGAACAGCCAUCAUUUACUUUUGGAAUUGGAGAUAUUACUGCUUCUUGUGAGAACGUUAUCUUUUCAGAUCAAAUUCAAGAACGAGGGCAUGAAUUUCAAGUUAAUGAGAAUGUAAUAUCUUAUGAAGAUCAUCUUGUGGAACAGAAUGAAAGCCAAUUACAUCUUUUAGAGGAAUAUAAAAAUCACAUUUCAAACAACAGUGGUGUUCUUACAAAUCAGGCUGAAAAUCCAGUAGUUACGACUGGAGUAGAAAAGGAUGUUAUUUUUUCAGAUCAUGGCACACCACGAGAAACAGUCACUACCAUUAUGCAGACAGUUGAUGAUAUUUCCGGACAACACACGUUUAAACAGGCAGACCAAUGCUCAGUUAGUAAAUACGAAAGUUUUAGAAAAGAGUUAGAAACUUAUUUUCAUACUGAGGCAACAAACAGCGAAAGACUGGGCUUUGCUUUAGUAGAUGAAGAUCUAGAUUCUAGUGAGCACAAAUUUAUUGAAAUAGAACAUUCGUGCGAACCAAAGAAAGACGCUCCUAGUCCUCGAGAUACAGUAGAAACAACGACUGAAAAAUUUAUUACUUCUGUAGUUGAAAAUAUUGUGACACAAGCUAUCCAUAUUGCUCAAGCAAAUGAAAAUGUUACGAAAAGAACGGAAACAAUAAAACCACCCAAUAUUUGUGUUCGCGUUGAUGAAGUUGUUUCCUAUAGUUGUGAAAAUGAGCAUUUAGAAACAUCAAGGUGUUUAUCCCCGGUAACUUCUCCAGAUAAACAAAACACAAGAUUAUGUUCACCAGAAAAUGAAUUAUAUUUAGGUUGCAAUAUAGCAGAAGAGUCACCUAAUAUACCGUUUGAAGAAGAAAGAAACUCGUUAUGUGAAAUUAAAGAAAUUCCAUCGAAUAUGAAAGAAGUAACGUUACCGUUUCUUGUUGCGGAGCAAACAGCUUUACCAGAAUCAAAAGCCUUCCAGAACCAACAAGAGGCACGCCAAACAAAGGAGGCCUCUAAUCAAAUCGAACUGGAAAAUAUCCAAGAGGUUUGGAGGGAGCUGGAAGAAGUAUUAGAAAGAUUAAAGAAAACAGAAAUUAAGCUUGCAGAAAUACAUCUUAUGGAAUCAGAAUAUGAUGAUGAGUUGAUUUCACACAUGUAUAGAAAAUAUAUGGAUAUCCACCAAGAUUUAGAAAAAUAUGAGUCAAUGAUGCAUCGUGCCCAACAGAACAUCAUCUUACUGACUGACGAAUACAACACUUUAAAAACGAGUAAUAUAGAUGAUGAGUUACCGUGGGACGCAAAUAACGAAAUUGAUUUGUUACAACAAAAGAUAGAGGAUAUGAUGGCACGAGUUACUGCGUCACGAGACAACUGUAACAGACUCAUUUGGCAAUUGGAGGAUAAAUUGAAAGAUAAAAGUAAUCCACAAAUGAUAAUUUUUCAAGAUCUAUCAAACGCAAGGGCCAGCACUUUGGAUCUAAGUAACGAAACGAGCAAUCUCUUAGAAGACGAAAACCAAGAUUUACAGAACAGAAGCAUCCGACAACGCUUGUCCGACAUGUUUUGGAAAUCACUUCCUCUCCAACUGUUCCUUCUCGUAGGUUUCGGACUAGCGAGUCUUUUCCCCAAAUCAGAAGACCAACUGACCUGCGCACUAAUCAAUAACUACGGCCAAUCAAUGGAGCUCAUGCUACAUUAUCCACAUGGACCUCCCCCAGUGUAAAGUCAGCCAACAGAUUUAAAUCAAUAAAUAUAAAUUAACGAAUGGUGAUUCGCCAGACAUUUACGCCUUGAUUUUAUUUGUGAUUUGAUGUUCGUGACAAGGUAUAAAAGUCUGAUUUUCGACUUUCAGUUUGUGUUCACCAAACUUUUAUACUUUAAUUGUGUAUUUCGUGUAUUUACCUGGAUAGGCAAUCUUCAUGAAUAUGAAGUGUUGUGGUAUGUCUUAUCCUUGACUGCACAGUGAACUUUGGGUCACUGUCCUGUAAGUCACGAAGGAAAUUUUUCCUAUGGAAUGUCCCAGAUUUUCCUUCCAUUUUGUGUUUUUCAGAGUAUUCUAUGAUGGCUUUAGUGAUUUUCUUGGUGAAGCCAUUAUUAAUCUGUGAAAAUCUGAGUCUUCCUAAUAUGCAAAAGUUUUAUUAGCGUGACUUAUAAGAACUGGAUGUUCACGUGACAUAAUACUUGAUAUAUUUCUUAUCCUGUUCAAGCUCUUGUAAUUUAAUCCUAAUAAUUGGGAAGGAUCAUAAUUACUUUUUACUCAAUCAAUAUGUAAGUGUUGAAAUAGUAGAAUAAUUAUUUGUUCUACAUAUGUUAACUUUUUUCGAUUAGUUUAUUUUGUUCUUACUUUUCAUGGCUGGAUCAUGAAAGUUUAUUUACACAAUAGCCGUACUUAAAAUACGUACCACGUGUAGUACAUAUAGUUAAGACAUAUAUCUUUAGUAAUAUCAUUGCAUAAAAACUAUUGUUUGACCUAUCGAAACGUUACUAAUUCUUAGCCAAUAGCAUGAUUAUAUGUUGACAAAUUGUUUUCCAGCAAGCAAUAUACAUGCUCGUCUCGUUUAAGGGCAUUCAUAUAUAUAUAUACCACCAUUAUCUGGAUGUGCCAAUUUGAACAGUUAUUAAAAUUACGAUUCACAAUGUUUUUCUCGUUUAUAACAUUUAUUUUCUAAUAUUAUAAAUGUGUUAUAUAGGUUGAGUUUUUGAUUUCAAUAGUUUUAGUUUGUGUGAUUUGUAAGAAAAGUAGUCAGAGUAUAACAUUUUUGUUUUGUACUUAUGUAUAUAUUUUUUUCACAAUUUUGAAGGCCAUAGAUAUAUGCUCACAAGCCCUUUGCCAUUUAUCUAUGGCACAAAUAUUUAAAGCAAAUGUAGAUUUAAACGCCAGGAUGAAUCCUUUGUUUCCUUAUGCAGUUAACAAAGUUUCCAUAACUACCGAGAUUUGUAGGCGCAGCUUUUUAAAAUGUUUUCUUAAAAAUUGUUUUUCGAUGAGGCAAUACUUAGAUAACUUUUGUUUUUUGACAUUAAAUAUUUUGUUAUAUUUACCUUGUUACCGUCUGAAAAAUAAAAUUUGAUGUU